CAGUGUUUGUUGUCAUGUUAUUGUUUUGAAUGGUUUGACGGCCGAUUUAGGACAUUUUUGUUCCAGAAACAUGCUUAAAUUAAUUUAAAAGCCGCUUUGUUCUUUUCGCUUUCGCAUAUAUUUAUUGUUCUUCAUUUUUGCUGCUUGCUAAUUUAAAAUAUUUUGAAAAUGGAAUUAAGUGAGAAAAAUUCAACUUACAAGCAGCAAACAGGAAGUGUGAAACACGCACAUGCAGAUGCCCAUGCACAAGCAUUGAAGAUUUUAUUGCAAGAUCAGCUUCCUCGAGAACUCACUGUGAAUGAAGCCCUUUCAUAUCUAGAUUUAGUUAAGUCAAAGCUGGGAGCCGAACAGUUUGAAGAAUUUAUGGACAUCAUGGGUGAAAGCAAAAAGCCAAACUGUGAUCCUCAAGAGGUGAUAAUGAAAGUAUAUCAUUUAUUGAAAUAUUACCCUGAGCUGCUUAUUGGUUUUGGAAUGUUUUUGCCUCCCAGUAUGAAUUUGAUGUUGCAAACUCAGGGCCAACUUUUAUUUCGAGAUUCCUGCCCUGAAGAUAUAUAUUCUGCUGAAAUAAAGAUUGAAGAGGGUGCGCAAAAUGGAGGUACACCAACUGUAGAUGUAAAAGAAAGGUUUGAAGAUGAACCAGAAAUUCAUGAAAAGUUUUUGCAGUUGCUUAGCUCUAUGACAGAGGAUACAGCUACUGACUGUGAAGAAAAAGCUGCCUUCUUCAAGAAUAUUUGCAAAGAAAUCAUAAAGUUAUUUGAAAAACAUGAAGACUUGAUUGAAGACUUUAAAGUCUUUCUGUCUGGAGCUGAAAGUUUAGAACUACAGGAUAAUAUAGAACAAAAUACUUCAGAAGAUAUUGAACAAUUUUUAUUUAAUGGUGAUUCUUCCAACGUACCUGAUGUUCUGGAGUCAGGUUAUUCCUUUGUAAUGGAUCCCUCUGCAGCACCUGUUUAUAAAUAUGGAGCUUAUGAAGAACACCUCUUUUUUGACAAGGUUAGAACUGCACUGGAAUCUCAAGAAGUGUAUGACAACUUUUUACGGUGUUUAAUGCUGUUUAAUGAAGACAUAGUAACUCGGUCAGAGUUGCUGAGCCUUGCAACCUCUUUUCUAGGAAGGUCACCUGGUCUCCUUAAAGAUUUAAAGGAUAUGCUAGGAUUCAAUGAAUCUGGUGAAAAUAUUGAACCAGUGCCUAUGCGAAUAAUAACAUACGUGCUUCAGCGAAAUAAUACUGAAAAGGCUUUAGAUAUUGAUUAUGCUACUGGAGGAAGAAAUGGGGCAAGUUACAGAGCUUUGACAAAAGAACAUAAGCAGCCCAAAUGCUCAGGCCGUACUUCGUUGUGCAAAGAAGUGUUAAAUGACAUUUGGGUUUCUUUCCCAUCCUGGUCCGAAGAUUCUACGUUUGUCACUUCUCGUAAAACUGAAUAUGAAGAAAUGAUAUAUCGCUGCGAAGAUGAAAGAUUUGAACUUGACAUUGCUAUCCAAGCUAACCUUCAUACAAUUGGAGUUUUAGAGAAUGUUCAAAAACGAAUCAACAAAAUGACUACUGAUGAAAAGAGCAUGUUUGCUUUAGAUGAUACUUUAGGUGGUACAUCAACAGUUUUGCAUCAGAAAGCUUUGCACAGGAUUUAUGGUGAUAAAACAGAUGAAUUAGUUGAAGGCCUUAAAAGGAACCCAGUUGUAGCAGUGCCUAUCAUUCUGAAAAGGUUGAAAGCAAAGCAUGACGAAUGGAAAGAGAAACAGAAAGCUUUUAAUAACAUUUGGAGAGAACAAAUCGACAACUACUACAUGAAGUCUUUAGAUCAUCAGGGCAUCAACUUUAAGCAGAAUGACAGCAAAAGCUUCCGUUCCAAAAGCCUUCUGAACGAAAUGGAGAUGGUGUAUGCUGAGAAAAAGGAAAGGCUCUCUUGUACCACUUCCCUUCCCCAUUUUCUUCUGGAAUUGAAAGAACCAACUGUAUUUUUAGAUGCUUUGAAUUUAAUAUGCCAAUAUUUGAAAAAGAUACCAGCGAUGCUUCGUGAUGAUAGACGAAGAAUAGAACAUCUGCUUAGAACGUUCAUACCUGACUUCUUUGGCUAUCCACGGGCAAAUGUUUCAGAGGAAGAAAAUGAGGAAGAGGAAGAACAAGUGGAAGAAGAAAAUAUGGAAAUUGAAAAUUUUGGUGAAGAAAGAAGUGGUCAUACUUCCCCUUCUGAAAGUGGUGCAUGUUCGCGAGAUGAAGAAAUAAGUGAUCCAGAUGAAUCAAAUUCUGUUGAGGAAAAUGAGCGUUCCGAAGAAUCUGACAAAGACAGCUUUAUAGAAGAUAGUGAUAUAUUUGAUAAAAUGGAAAGUUUACCCUCAACGAAUCUACCUUACAUACAGUUUUUGGUGAGUAAAAGCUGGUACAUAUUUUUUCGUCAAUUUCACAUUUUGUGUGAAAGACUGUCUCGUUUAUUGCAUGAAGGAAAUAACAAGGACAGAACUGUGAUAAAAGGCUCAUCAGAGGAUGGUGAAAACAUGAUGGAGGAAAUUAUAGAAAGAAAGCCGACAUAUAUAGAACUUAUCACUAAACUUGGCCAAUUACUGAGCGGGACUAUUGAUUAUCCUACAUUUGAAGAAGAUACUAGGUCACUUUUUGGUAUUUAUGCCUUUGUGAGUUUCACAAUGGACAAAUUGAUACUUAAUAUAGUAAGACAGUUGCAGCAAAUUAUAAACGAUGAUUUGUGUAAGCAGUUAACUGGACUAUUUAUGCAACACAUGAAAGCAGUUUCUUCUGGCGGUUAUGCUUCUGCAGUUGAGGCUACUCAGAUUGAAGCCAAGUAUUUAAAGAAAACGGAAAGAUUGUUAGAAGAGGAAAACUGUUUUAAAAUUAUGUGGCACAAGAAGGAACACACCCUAGUUAUAGAAUUAAUAGAACGUCAGAAUGAAAUAAUUCCAGAUCCUUGUGAAGUAGAAAAGUUUUCCAAUUAUUUAGAUGACUUUGUUAGAGAUGAUUCUGUAUGUGAAGAAUAUGUAUCAUUUUUUAUGGGAUUGCCUGUAUUUUUACCCAGAAACCUAAAGCGACAGCAAGAUUACUGGAAAAAAAAGGUGUUAUAUGUGGAAAACUUAUGGAAGACUCGUUAUUCUAAAUCAUUUUUGAAACGCCAUCCUCCAAUACUCAAACGGAAAAGGAAAGCUGCAUAUCAGCUUUCUCUUGCACGCAGAAAAAUAGCCUGCUCUGAACCUAAUGAUGACAUUGCAGUUGAAGAUGAAGUUGUGUCUGAGGUAAACAAUGAAAACAUUGAACCUGUUCAAGUAAAUGUUUCUGAUGAAGAAAUGCUAGUAGACGAUGGUGAAGCUAGUAAAGUAGUUUCUACUAAUGAUGAAGAUUCUAGUAUGAAUAAUCCUAAUGAUGACAAAGAUGAGGAUAAUGAUGGGGAAAAUAAAUCUGUUUUCUUACUUGCUGUUGAACAAACUGAGGAUGACAUACAAGAAAAUGUUGCUAGUGAGAUUUUGAAAUUUGAAUGUGAAGAGGGAAUAUCAGAGGAAACUACUCUUGGUGAUGUACCACAAGAAAGCUCUCUUUUGUUUGAAGAGACGAACAUAAGCACGUUGACCAAUGAUAUUGAUCUUGAAGUUUUUAAAGAUGAUCAAGAAUCUAUGGAUGUGGACUAUAACUCAUGCAGCUCUACUGUUAGCGUGGAGAAGAAAGAAAGUAGUAGGGACAGUAAUUACAGUGAAGAUAACUUAGGUUCUGGUAGAAAAUCUGAAGGUGAUGUUGUUGUUGUGAUAGAUAUCAGUCCUACAGAUGGUGAAACUGAUGUUGGUGAGACUAAUGUAACCAUUGAACCUGCUGAAACUGAUGUGACCAUUGAACCUGCUGAAGCUGAUGUGACUGUUGAACCUGCUGAAGCUGUGACUGUUGAACCUGCUGAAGCUGUGACUGUUGAACCUGCUGAAGCUGAUGUGACUGUUGAACCUGCUGAAGCUGAUGUGGUGGUUGAACCUGCUGAAGCUGAUGUGACAGUUGAACCUGCUGAAGCUGAUGUGACAGUUGAACCUGCUGAAGCUGAUGUGACAGUUGAACCUGCUGAAGCUAAUGUGACAGUUGAAUCUGCUGAAGCUGAUGAGACUGUUGAAACUGUUGGAGAGCAAGUUGAUGUCAUCACUGUAGAAAGCUCUUUUGAGGAAGAUAUUGCUAUUGUGAGUGAUUCUUCUGUAGAAAAACCUACAAAAAGCGAUGAACGAGAUGAUUCUAAAUCAAAAACCGAAUCAAAACCAUCAAGGCCAAAACUUUCUCGAAAAGCUUAUGAAGGAGGAACAAGGCGUAAAUCAAGAUUGCAUCAAGAUUACAUUAGGCGUAGAGUAAAGAAAAGUAAUUUGAGAUCAAGUUAUUCCUCUGGGCCAAAAGAAAAAAAACGAAAAUCAGGACCUAAAAUCCCAAAAGAAUAUGAUGACAUUUCUUUUGAUUUUGCUGCUUUUUCCGAAUUGCCUGAAGAAGACAAAUCUUUUGAUUUAGCAAUGAAAUCUGUGUACGUUCAUGAUGAUACAGAAUGCUCGUUUAAAAAAGAUUCCUAUAAAAUGCUCUUUGUUCAGAAAAAAGGCUUUUACAUGUAUCGAAAUUUCAGCUUGUCCAAGGCUAAAGAGAUUCACCAACAGGUCUCAGAAAUUAAAACUUCUAAUUUCAAUGCAUGGCAUCGAGUAUGGCUGGAUCGUUAUGUAACUUCAGCAAUGCUCAAAUCCUGUAAUGACUGGCUUCUUCGGAGUGAGCCAGAGAAGUAUAAAUUGGUUCGUCGCAAUAUAAAUAACUGCACAAAGCCUCCAUAUAUUCCAUACAAUAAGUACAGACUUCGAUAUUACAAAACAGAAACUUAAAACUUGUCUGCUGAUUUGUUGCAAAAUAUGUAUUAUAUUUUAAGUUUUUUUUAUUAUUUUGUUGUAUAUUCUCUGGAACAAAAGUUAAAUAAAAUCU